AUGGCGGCAAAAUCAAUACCUGGUGCUACGUCGGUGUCACGACGUCGGUUAGCGCUUGUAAUUGGCAUUGAUGAUUAUGAAAACCACCCGAUAUUAAAAAAUCCAAAGAAUGAUGCGGAAAAGCUGUCAUCUCUCUUGCAACGUAUUGGUUUUAUUAUUGAUACAUCAUCAUUGGUCAAAACAUAUGCUGAGAUAAAACGUAAGAUUCUCGAUUUUGAACUUUCAAUAGAGCUGAAUGAUGUGGUCCUAUUUUAUUUUGCUGGACAUGGGGUACAAUGGGAAGAUCAGAAUUAUUUAAUGCCAAAAGACUUUCCUCAAUUUCCUGAAACAAAUGAAGCAGAUUUAGAAGAAAUAGCAGGCAUUUUAGAAAAAGGAGUUUUAAAAAAAGAGAUGGCUGACAUGUUAAAAGCAGACAUUUUAAAAAAGAAGAUAGCUGGCAUAUUAAAAAUGAAGGCCAUCAAUGCACAAGAUAUUCUUAACACGUUGAGUGAUCGAAAACCAUAUGUAACAAUAUUUCUUUUGGAUUGCUGUAGAGAAUAUGUCUUACGGAAUCCUGAUUUAAAUACACGUGGUCCAAGCUCAAACACGCGCAAUUCUAAAUCAGCUGGCCUAGCAGCAAUGCACAAAGCAGGUGCACUGGUGGCAUUUGCUUGUGCACCUGGUACAUAUGUAGAUGAUAGACCAAAAGACAAAAAUAGUUUAUUUAUGGAGCAUCUUAUAAAACACAUUGAAACUCCGAAUGAAGACAUUGUAAAUAUAUUACGUGAUGUGAUCGAUGGAGUGAUGGAAGAUUCCAAUGACACACAGAUUCCAUUUCUGAGUGUUCAAUUACGACACAAAAAUAUCUAUUUGUGUGAGCAAGCUCAAGUUCAACCCAAAGUGGAAGCUCCAAUAUCAGAAAACAAUCAAUCAUGUAUGUUUGGUCAAGAUACUCAAAUUUUAUGGAAGUUCAGUGGCAUCGGGAAACCACGAGUGGCAUGGUUCUUCAAUGAUCAACCACUUCCAACCAAUGAUCGUCUACAAGUAACGGAGACUGAUGAUGGAACAUCGAUACUAACAAUUCGUCAAGCUAAACUUGCUGAUGAAGGUGUCUAUAAAGCUAAAGCAAUCAAUGCUUUUGGUGAAGCUGAAGCUCAAACAGCAUUAAAAAUUGAUUGCAUCAAACCUGUCAUCAACACUAAUCUCGAUACUGUACUGCAAGUCACAAAAUGUGAAAUCUUGACGCUAAAAGUCAUCGCCAGUGGAACUCCGAAACCUCACGUUGUGUGGAUGAGAGACGACAAUGAACUUAUACCCAAUGAUCGCAUUCAAGUGACGACACCGACUGGUAGCGAUGAUCAAUACACACUUACCAUUUUGAAUGUACAACCAGAAGAUCAAGGUGAAUAUUCAGUCAUGAUUUCCAAUGUUGGUGGAUCACUUCAAUCCGAUAAGUGUAAAGCUAUUGUUUCGAGUAAGUCGUCUUGA